AUGGAGUAUAUUGGAAGUAGCUACAGAGGAGGUACAAAAAAUGGAAGAAAGGAUGGAAAAGGUGAAUACACAUUUCCCACUGACACAAAGUAUGUUGGAGAGGUGAAAGAUGGUAUGUUCCAUGGCAAAGGAGUACUCCUUUUUCCAAAUGGAAGCAGAUAUGAGGCCUCCUGGGAAAACGGAAAAGCUAAACAGGGGUCACUUACCUUUGCUGAUGGUCUGCAGUACCUGGACAAUGACUGGGACUACUGCAAUGGUUACGACAGGCGCUUUUACACCGAGAGGUGCAGUGGACUCAGACCUGCAGGAGAAUCUCAGGUGACUGAUCUACAUCCUCCACGAGACAUUCCUGAUGGCUGUUAUGACUGUGGAGAUGGUUUCUAUGACCCCACUAGCAGAGUCGUCACUUCCUAUGCCGGAAGAUUCCUCAGAAAUGCAGGUGAGACCGAAAAUAACAUUUUUGAAAAACUAUUUCAGCUGUGUGACAGCUGA